AUGAUGAUGCUCAAGCCCAACGCCACCUUCAAGGAGUUCGCGGAGGACAACUAUUGCAAACAGAGCAUUCGCGUGGCGGAAAGCUUCAUUCUCAAAAACACAAAGAACAUCAUUUGGGUGAACAAGGACAAGCACACGGUGGACGAGAUGCAGAAGCUACUCAAGGUGAACUGCCUGCACAAGGGCGACUUCGGGUCAUGCAAGGGCAAGAAGUGGAUGGUGGCGGUGGACGGAUCCAAUUCCUCCUACCUGGCCCUCGAAGAGACCCUCAAGCUGGCCGACCCCGUCAAGGACCAUGUGUUCGUCAUCACAGUUCGGGAGAAGACGAAGGUGUCGAAGAGGGCCAAGACGCUGGAGGCCGACGUGCGGCUCAACUUUGAGAUGUGGAAAGCGGCCCGCGACAUCGCCACCUCAUGUGACGAUCGGAUGAAGGAGUCCGAGUACGAGUACACUGUUUUGUUCCCCGACGCGUACGAUGCCCGAAGAAUGCUCGUCAACCUGUGCCACCGAUUCAAGGUGGACUACCUCUGCAUUGGCAAACACAAGAAGGGCGAGAGAAAGACAAGGCCAUUCACCUUCAAGAAGUCCAUGGCCGUAUACGCCAACAAGAAGGCUUUGUGCCAAGUUCUCCUCUUCUGA